CACGACUUCAGAGCGAGAAACAGAGAGUACUUUCCCAGACCUAACGAGGCAUCCUACAUUUCUGCACAGCCUUGCACAGCCCGCGACAACUACCUGCGAUCCAUCGCGCGAGCCCUCGACUGCUGUCGCGCAGUCCGAACUAUGCGCUCGCUGUAACAGCCGCCCGCGGCAGCCUUCGCAUCUCACAGCCUCCCCGCUAGCAACAUCUACUCUCGCGCGCGAGAAUGUCGUCUUCACGGAUCUCAUCUAUGUCGAAUAAUACAUAUGUCAUGAGUCGAUCGCCCAACAAAAACAGUCGCCGACGAACCGCAGAACCGUACAUGCCGAAAAUCAUUACAACCGUUGGGCAGCGGCCCGCAUGUCUCGUCAAUGCCUCCGUCACAUAUGUCGGAAACGAUCUCAUAUAUGCCUUCGGCGGCUUCGAUCAGUACACAGACGAAGUGUAUAAUCACGUGCUGAAACUGAACCUGUCCGCACGACAAUGGAGUCUGGUCGAUAACUACGGUGAUAUCCCCGGCGUACGAAUGGGCCACACUUCAUGUUUAUGGCAGGGCGACAAGCUUCUCGUUUAUGGAGGCGAGAACGAGCACAGGAGGCACUUAUCUGAUGUUGUUAUUUUCGACAUCAAGACAGCGCACUGGACUCAGCCCGAUGUGCACGGUCCUAUACCGAGGGGGAGAGCACGGCAUUCCGCAGUCAUCCACGACGAGAAGCUGUUUAUAUGUGGUGGUAUGAGUGGUAGCGACAACGGCGUCCUCGACGACAUUUGCUAUCUCGAUCUGAAAACAUGGACAUGGAGUAGGACGUGGAGGUUUGUGCCUCGUUUCGAUCACGCGAGCUGGAUUUGGGGCGGCAAGAUCUGGGUCAGCGGUGGUAUGGGAGAGGAGAUGGAACGUACCAGUGAGAUCUGGUGGCUCGACUUCAGAGGCUCGCCCGCAUUCGAGGGCGGUCCACUGUACGGUAUGGCGGGAUCCGAAGACAGCCGGAUGCUAGGAACAAGCUUCGCCAGCUACUCUGCGCCCCCUCCUGCUUUCAGCGGCAACGGUUAUGCAGCGAACACGGGGGUUCAAUCCAACUCUGCGACUCCCAUCCAGCGUGCGCCUCCGGUCGCGCCAGGCUCGAUCAGCAGCCUGAAGUUCAUUUCUUCGCCGAAUUUGCCGAUGCAGAAUGUGGGCACUCACUUUCACGUCUUCAGUUCAGGAUGUAUGCUCGACUUUGUCACGCCUGCUACCAACAUGCCUCUCGAGACAUCACUUUCUGCACUCGAUCUAGACACAUUGCGAUGGCAGAAAUUGGCCGAUGGAAAAGACCUGUUCAGUCCACUCUACAGAUGGCACUACUGUUGCUUAAAUCAAGACGGCACUCAUGCUUGGCUUCUAGGCUCGCCUAGGCAGGCACCGACUAACGGCGCAAAUGGAGACACGGAAGAAUAUCUGUCUGACGUUCUACCGAUCGAUCUUCGUAAGUUCGGCUUGCUCGGCAACAAGAUGAGCCAAGAAGCUCGCGAUGAACAGAAACCUCCCACAUCGGACUUCCACGAGACCUCACAUCUAUCCGCCAUUGGCGCAGAUCUCGCGCGCACAUUCAACAUGCCUCCGGAGAGUGGUUCUGGCACCGACUUCACCAUCACAGCGCUCAAGGACGAUACUUACGACCUCGAAUCAAUAUCGGACGAGGACCCAGUAUCACCAAUCGCAGGCUCAUCCUCCGACAGCAGCAAUACAUCACCUCCGAUACACGUGCAUCGACUGAUUCUCAGCGCUCGAUGGCCUCACUUCGCGCGACUAUACAAUGCUCAAAUGUCCGAAUUCCACACGCGGCGGAUGCACAUUCCCGAGCCAUAUCCGGCCGUGAAAGCUUUCCUGUACUACCUCUACACCGACUCCAUCUCCUCACCACCCGCAGAAAGCCAGGCUGUCGGCGGACCAACACUUGAAGACGUUGCUAAUAUGCUAGUCAUGAGUAAUAUCUACGACAUGCCUCGCCUUCGGCACUUGUGCGUGAAUCGCCUGGUGCGGGACCUGGAUGUCCAGCAUGGAGCACUCAUUUUCGAUCGCGCGAGCACGGCACAAGAGGACUGGUUGAAGAGGAGAGCAGCGAGCUUCUGCAUGACACAUUGGGGCCGCAUUGUCAGAACAGAUGGCUUCAGACGUCUGAAACGUACCGCAAUGCUCGAGCUCUGCGAGGGCGUCGAUGCAGAAGGCCGGGUCGUUGGCGGUGACGAGCUUGAAGCCGUGGGCGGCCUCGGCGGAGCGAGAUUGGGUAGCGGCAUGGGUAUGCUAUGGGGCAAUGGCCGGAAACGAGGUCGAGUGGGCAGUACUAGUGGUACCACCGUCGAUGGCGAAGAAGGCGAGGAAACGAUUGAAGAUGAUGACACGGGCAUGGAGCUAUCUUAGUAUAAGUUACUCAUCGCGACGAGGAUGGUGAUCAGGCGCGAUUUCCUGAAGAGCAUGGCGUUAGGGACGGAACCGUUACUGUGGAGUUUUGAUCCGACACUUUCGUUGUUGGAUUUGGCGCUUUUGCUGGCAUUCUGGUCGUUCGUGGCGUGCGUGAGCGGAUUCGUUUUCGAUCGUUUUGCGUUCUCGGAAGCAUUCUUUGAGCGGUAUGCAUUAUGGCUGUGAUGCGAGAACUUUGCUUUCUGUAGAUGGUCAUAGAUGAGUAGAGCGAGC